AUGACUGGCCGUGGUAAAGGUGGCAAGGGUCUCGGCAAAGGAGGUGCCAAGCGUCAUCGUAAGAUCCUUCGCGACAAUAUUCAGGGAAUCACCAAGCCAGCUAUUCGUCGUCUCGCCCGUCGUGGUGGUGUCAAGCGUAUCUCGGCCAUGAUCUACGAAGAGACCCGUGGUGUCCUCAAGAGCUUCCUCGAAUCAGUCAUCCGCGAUGCUGUCACCUACACCGAACACGCUAAGCGUAAGACCGUUACCAGCUUGGAUGUCGUCUACGCUCUCAAGGCAAGUAGCGUCUCUUUCCUGUGGUUCGCACAGCUCGCUAACUGCUGCCGCAGCGUCAGGGUCGGACCCUUUACGGUUUCGGUGGUUAAGCGCCUCGCUUCGCUCAUCGACUCCAUGUGA